ACAUUGAUAUGAAGCUCGUAAAAAGCUGAAAAAAUGGGGAGAAGGAAGAGGCGACAAAUAUUCCUAUUUCUACUAGGGCUCGUAAUGCUUAUGGGAAUCGGCGUUUACUUGCGUCUUUGGACUAUUGAUUAUCGCAUUUCUUCUUCUGAUUCCGAAUUAUUGAGGAAACAAUUUGAUCUUGCUAGCAGAGAAGCAAUGGAUGAAUCUGCAGAGUGGAGAAUGAGAUACGAUUCCGAGUCGGACAAGGCUGCCAAGUGCUAUACGGAACUCGAGGGAAUUAAGAAGUCUAAGUCUCGUGGAGAAACAGCAGAGGUUAAAAUUUCUACCGGCCAGAAUCGGAAAAUCGAAAUGUUGCAAAAGGAAAACAUGGAUUUGCUUGAAAGAGUUGAGUCUUUGAAACAAGAGCUCGAAACAGAGAAAUUAAAAUGCAGUACACGAAAUAUUUAAUUUCUGUAGCUGUUUCUGUACCCAAACUUUAUUACUUGAUGAGGAUCAAUACAAAUUUCUGCGCAAUCUAUUUUAAAUUGACGACAAAAUCGUUACUUUAAUGUUUAUACGUUGCCUAUAGUAAAGCUUAACAAAGCACAUCGACUAUGAAGCUCAAUUCGUGUGAACACAAAAAUAAAUAAUAAUCCUUCAAUCUCGACCGAAAAGGGACUUAGAGAUGAUCCCAUUUACAAACAAUUAACCUGUCAGUGAAGCCAAUGUUCGAACACGACAAAUAAAAAACAAAAACAUUCUUUCUUCCACCUCUUGGCGAACAAAAGUUUUACAUUACCAAAUUCCAUUCACCACAGAAUUGAAUGAUACACAUACGAGAAGCAUCCAGAUUUUCCAUUUUCAUCUGUCAAUGCAAAAA